GCCUGGCGCAAGCUCAGGAGGAGCAAUACCAAUUUGGGAGGAGUCCGGAUAAAGCCCUGCGAUCAAUUCGAUUGGGGUUCGGAGAUUGGCACGUGAAAUAAUCAUGCACAUGGGCUCAGAAGUGCAGACGAGGUUAGACAGCACAGAGCUAUUCUCUACCAGCGCCAUAGAGGGCGCAAAGUUGGCUGCACCAAAAGAGGAGGAAGCACAUCCCCAUAGGGAGCCCGUGAAGGUGAAGUUCCCCGAUUCCUACAGUGGGAAGAAGGAGGAGAACUUCAAUAAUUGGGAGGUGAACUCCUACGUGCAUCAGCAAAAGACAUCUCCUGACGAACAUGUCCUCAUAGCCUUCCAUGCUCUCAAAGACGAAGCAGCAAGCUUCGCCAGGUCGCUUUGUCGCGCUGCUAAUUGCAAUAACGACAUGGUUGCCUAUUCCGCGUUCACUCCCCUCAGUGAGUUCUUCAAAUUAUUACGCGAAAGGUUUGCAGAUGGCACACGAAGCGUUAGAGCUUCUGACAAACUGCAGACCAUUCAUUCUCGCCAAUGGAGGAGUGCCAGGGCACUCAAGGGCGUCAUGGAUGAGUUAGUCACUGUUCCUGAUCAUGGGGUCACUGAGACCCAAUUAGUCAACCUAUUCUACUGCGUCAUGCAUGAGCCUUUAUGUGUGCACCUCUUUGAGAAGAGUAGAGAGGCUACCAUGACCUACGAUAUCUUGAGUAGGGAAGUGGUAGCGUAUGAGGCGCAAUCCAUGUCAGUUUCCACUUUCUGGCAUAAGGACUUGUAUAAGGGCAAAAUGUGGAAAGGUCGUACCAUCUCAAAUCAGCAAGAUGAUCGCAAUGGGUAUAGACCCGUAGAGUUCAUGUCUGCUAAGAUGCCUUUAGAGAAGGUAGCGACAUCAACCUAUGAGAGGGAACUCUACGCUCUUAGGCAAGCAUUAGAUCACUGGAAGCACUACUUGCUUGGGAGGYACUUCAAAGUCUAUUCCGACCACGAGACACUAAGUGGAGGAAGCUGUAGCAGCAAAAGUAUAGUUUGGAGGACUGCAGCAGAGGAAGCUGUAGUGAGAACUGCAGUAGUGGAAACUGCAGUAGCAGAAACUGCCAGAGUGAAAGUCGGAGCUGUAGAAAGUGUAGCGGUGGAAACUGCAGUAUCAGAAAUUACUGCAGCGAUGGGAACUGCUGUAGCAGAAACUGCUGGAGUGAAAACCGGAGCUGUAGAAACUGCAGCAGUGGAAACUGGAGCAGUCGAAGCUGCAGGGGUCGAAACUGCAGCAGCAACAGAUGAGCAAGCAGGAGCAGGACAAGAGCGACGCGGGGGAAAAGAAGGAAGUGGAUGAUACAGGGACCAUCGCAGCAUGCAUCGGAACCACUGAGAGAGACACGAGACAGAUAUUAGUUG